CUCCCCACACAAAGCGUUCGCCUUUUUGGUUUCUUCAAUUGGAUCCCCAAAAAAAAAACCCUAACUUUGACAUGGAAGGAGAGAUUCAAGACUGGGAGGUACUACAGAGCUUGAGAUCUACCACUGAGGAUGAUAAUUCGAAGAGCUUGGAGGAGAUUGAAGUUGCCACUCAUGGUAUGAUCAGGUUUGAUCACUUCUCUAUUGAGAACAAGAGUGGUGUGUCUCCUCGUGUAGAAGGGGAAGAUGAAGAAGGUUCUGUUAAGUCGGGUAGUCCUGGCUGGAUUGAACCAUCCUACGAUGCUGCUUAUGGUCCAAAGCAUUUUAGUGAGUUAUGGUCUGACUCGAGUAGUGAUCGGCUUGAGGAUCAGAGGUUAGUUGAUGAUGAGUUGGGUUUAGAGAGAAGCGAAGUGGGUAUUGUUGAAUAUAGCCAAAUUAUAGUUCAAGACAUGGAUUUGAUGAGCUCUGGUGAGGGAAAGGAUGAAUCUUUACUGUCAGGUGAUCUAGUUAGUGGAAAUGAUCCGGUGGAAGGAGAAGGGAACUCUGUUUCUAUUAGUGAUCCAUCUGUUAAAUCUGGUGGUGGUGGUGGUGGAGGAGGAGAAGAGAAUGGGUUUGUGUGGUGGAAAAUUCCAAUAGAAGUGUUGAAGUAUUGUGUUUUUAAAGUUAAUCCUAUCUGGUCUUUCUCCAUGGCCGCAGCAUUUGUGGGUUUUGUUAUGUUAGGGCGUAGGUUGUACAAUAUGAAGAAGAAAAGCCGUACCCUGCAGCUUAAGGUUCUGUUGGAUGAUAAGAAGGUGGCGAAUCAUGCUGCUCGGUGGAACGAAGCAAUCUCAGUAGUGAAACGUGUGCCAAUAAUCCGGCCAGCACUCCCAUCUUCGGUGGGUAUGAACCAGUGGUCCAUGAUGAGUUUAAGGUGAAAGAUAAGUGAAUCGAGGGCAUAAUAUAUGUGAGAUGCAUGAUUAAUGUGGUUGGGUGCAUGUAUCAUAUGAUUGUAUUAAAAUACGAGUCGACAGUCUCAAAAUGUUACCAAAACAUACAAAGUAUGCGUGUAAGUUUGCACUAUGUGUGUGUGUAUAUAUUGUUGCUUGCUUGGUGAAAUACAUAUCAUAAUGCAGGUUUGGAA